AUGGAGUUGGCGACGAUCACAGCGCUGAAGGUGUACGACGUGCUGCUGAUUGGCAUCGUCAUGUUCGCCAUGGAUCUGGCUAUGAAGUUCUGGAGCGGACGCGGCGCGCAGCUGUCACCGGCCGAGCAGAAGCUGCUGGGUGAGUACAAUGCGCAGGUGCGACUUGUGAACCGCCUCAACUCGGUCGAGACGUUCGUGGAACAAGCCAAGGCCACGCGAAAGAUGAACGCGCUUAAAAAGGAGUUGCAGGGGCUUGCAGUGGAGCGCCUUGCCGCAAGCGCACCGUCAGAGGUCCAGAGGCAGUUCGACCGAGUUAGAACGCCGGCUCUCAUGGGACUGUUGAUGCUCUACUACUGGAAGGAGCCUCUCGUGGUGCUACCGCAAGGCUUCAUGCUGCCGGUGGAGCGACUCAUGUCGUUCCCAGGCUUCCCGCUCGGUGCGAUAUCCGCAAUGGGCUGGGCCGGAAUCUGCCGUCGUGUGAGCGCCAAAAUCCUGAGCUAG